GCGGGAGUUCGAAAUCAUAAUUAUGACUGCAACAAAUACUAAAAACGCAAUAACUCUAAAAGGAUCAACGGAGAUCGUUGCAGAAUUUUUUGAUUAUGGAAUUAACAGCAUUCUGUAUCAAAGAGGUAUCUACGCUCCUGAAACCUUUACCCGAGUUCAGAAUUAUGGUUUGACACUUCUCGUGACUACUGAUGAACAGCUGAAAAAAUACCUAAGUGAUGUUCUGGCACAAAUUAAAGUAUGGUUGAUGGACAUGACGGUACAGAAGCUGGUGAUUGUUAUCAAGGACACCCGGACGAACGAAGUGUUGGAGAGAUGGCAGUUUGAUAUAGAGUGUGACAAGACGGUCACUCCCACCACAAAGAGGGAAAAUGCUGACAUUAAAGAAAUAAAAAAUGAGAUUCGAUCGGUAAUUCGGCAAAUCACAGCAUCUAUUACAUUUCUUCCUCUUUUGGAAACUGCAUGUUCAUUUGACAACUGUCAGUGUAUACGUCCAAUAGUUCAUCGCAGACAAGGAUCAGAUGUGCCUGGUGCCUGGGGGGAGUCAGGGCCAUUCAUCGCAGACUCAGAUGAAGUUCGUCUGCGCUCCUUCUCCACAACCAUACACAAAGUGGACGCCAUGGUGGCUUAUAAGAAAUCUGACUGAUGUGUCUCUUUAGCUUGAUAUUAAGUGAUGCGCCGUCUCUGUGCUAAGUCAAAGACUUGUUUACAUCAUCGUGUGUAGUUAACAUGAAGAUGUGUUCAUGCAAUCUCUCCGACAGUGAUGACCAUUGGAUGGUUACAUAACUGGAAGAAAGUGGAUCUGAAGAUCGGAUUCUGUCCAACCUGCUUGCUGAUUAUAGUGCUAUUAGGACAGUUGCCUACCCAAAACAGUCUAGAUUUGCCUCCUGCAUUGUGCAAUUCUGACACACAAACGUGUGGGUGUCCAGUAUACUGUUACUCUAUAUUCUCCUGUACUAACAAACAUGAACAUUUGGGUGUUGUACAGAACAUGAAUUAGUAGGGUUUAAGCUGGAAGCCAAAAAUUAAUAACAAUUUGGUGAUUUUUAUCACAAAAUCUAUAGCCAUAUUCACCUAACAAUUAGCUAUUUAACAGAUUACAAACAACACAUGGUUUUCAACUUAGUUUUUCUAGUGAAUUGGAAAUGAUAUAUUUUUCGUCAAAUUCAACUUUCAAUCACAUUUGACCAUUUGGCAAACAAAAGAUUAAACCUUCAAGUACACACGCAUAAACACUAAAUGUAGCUGUAUCGCUGGGUAGGGGUAGAGUAAUCUAAUCAUGUGCUCACUUAGGGUUGAAACUCCGACUUGUUUUUCAUUAAUUAUAAUCCUUAAACUACGAUAUAUACAUGUGUUAUUCUAGAAUCUAUUUCUUUAUGAUAAUUUGUUAGUUUAACAUCUCUAGCACUCUCGGGAGAUGAGAACCGGACGGUAGCUUGGAAUCGUGCUUAGUAGAUGUGAAUGGCUCUACAGGUCACUACAUGUAUGUCCAGGACUUUUAGACUGCAUCAAAGUCAAGACGAUAAAUGUGCCCAAAAUACAUAUGCUCAAAUGUCCAUGCACAAAUGAAGUACAAACAUGCUAACCUCAAUAUAUUUCACAAAAAGUUAAGUUUAUUAGAUUAAAAUAACCUGAAACACAUUUGUGAAUACGGACAACUCUCCAUCAGCUGUUAAUGACAGUACUGAACUAAAAUGACCUUCCUGUAUUCGUAAAAGAGAAAAGUCCCCAUUGUGCCCAACUUAGAGAAAUCUAAAGCUGAGAUGUCCAUUAAUCGGGUAAUGUAUGGCAAGGUGAUCAAUUUGCCACACUCUAAAACUUUCCAUGGUGGAGUGAAGAGGAGCACGAGACUUGGUGAUCACUCUACUUCCACUGUUAACAAUAAGCCCAUAACAUCCUGAGUUUGUUCCAUAUAACAAGGAUUUUCUUCUAGAAAUUUAUCUUAUCUGUCAUUUUUGUGUUUUAUGAUUCUGCCCAUAUGGUUUGUCAGGGUGGGAUUUAGCUUAAGUCGGUUGAGCACUCGCUUGAGGUGCUUGCAUCAAAGGAUGAAACUACCUCAAUGG